AUGCAGAAACCCGCAGAUGACUUGGACGUUGAAUCCGAUCGAAGCAAUCUUGUCAUUCUGUUCUACAUGCAGCGUUCGGUCGCUAAUACGUUUCUUGAUUUCGAUGAACCGGAAGAAUUGUCAGAUGCGGUGCAUUUCUUCGGUUUUCCAGUGUCUUUGACGACGGAGCUGUACGAACGAACAGACGAUUGGUUCUGUUUUGUACAAAAAUUGGUAGACAUACUUCAUCGAAUGGCACAGUCAUUGGAUUAUCUGAGUGACGGUGGCGAAGAGCGUCUCUGCGGCAAGUAUCAUGACCAAGUGACUUCGUUUUACGAACUGGUUUUGCAGUGGAUUAAAAAGUAA